UUGAACGCGGACGGCGGCGCGAUCCGAGGUCUGAGGCUGGGGUCCCAGAGGUCCCGGCGCGCGUGCCCCGGCCUUCCCGCGGAGCCUGGUGUGAGCGGAGCGACAGCUGCGGCGGAAGCCGUGGCCCAGUCCUAGGGCAGAAGAUGGCCAAGGAAAGAUGCCUCAAAAAGUCUUUUCAAGAUAGUCUUGAAGACAUAAAGACAAAAGAGAAAAGGAGUAAAAAUUUGACAGAGAUUAAACGAAAGUCUUUGAUCAUUGCACCAUGCCAAACAACCACCAACACUUCCAAAGUGCUAAACUACGAAGACAACAACAGAAUGUUAGCCUUAGCUUUGGAAAAUGAAAAGUCCAAAUUGAAAGAAGCCCACGAUGUCAUCUUAAAGCUGAGGAGAGAAUGUUACUUCCUCAGCUAUCAACUAUACACACUGAAAAAUAAACUUACGUCACAACAGACAGAAGAACCUGCUCAGAACCUAGAAUUAUGUCCCUCUGGAAUGGACUCCAAAAUUGGAACGGACUCCAAUAGUGACAACAACUCCAGAGACUUGUUUGUGAAGCAUUUACCGCAAGUUCUUGAGGAUGCUGACUGUCCAGGACAAGAAGAAUCAUUCCAAGUAGAAGAGCCAAUACCUACUAUUUCUCAAGACAGACCAGGAUUUGAUUUGGAUUCAAGUGAAGAUAAGUCAACCGAUAUUGUCUUACCUAGAACUAUAUCUCUCCGUCGUGGUUUAGAGAAAUACAUUAACAGUCCAUGUCAGAUUACUGCUGUGGAUGAUUUUGGAAUCAGUCAUUUGUCAGAGGACUCUUUGGAACUAGAAAGGAUUAGAUUUGCAGACCCACCUAUAAGCACACGGAUACCUGAAAAUAGAGAACAAAGUGUUUGUCGGUACAACAGGAGUCAAAUUUACUCAUCACCAAGGCUGAUUCACCCAGGACGAGCUACUAAAACAAAGAAAAACGUUUAUGAUUAUAAAUCACAGCAAACUAAAAGUAAGCAUAGAGGUGCCAAAGAAAGAAAAGGAAAAGAGAAAGCUAACAAAAGGGGAAAAUCAAAAUCUGUAUCAAAGUAUAAAGGGAGCAAAAGUGAAAAUAAAACUGUUUCCAAAAAAAAGUUGAAUGAAGUUGUCACCUCCUGUGAUGCUUACAAUUUUAAUUUGGAAGAAGGUGUUCACCUCACUCCUUUCCGGCAAAAAGUGUGUGAUAAUGCUAAAAGAGAAGAAACCGACAAUGAAUCUGAAGUGAGCAUCUGUGAAUCAAGCUGUUCAGGAGAUGAUUCUGAUGACCUCUAUGUCCCCACGUGCAAGUCCAGUCCAGAUCUCAGCAGUGAAUCAACUAGGAGUCCUGUCCCCAGGCCUCGACCUAAGCGAGCACUAAGACAUCAGGGCGGAAAGGGGACGGAGGGCUCUGAGACAAGGGAAGCUCCUCCUGGUGUACUGCUUGAAACUCACCAGUCACCUCAUUUUAGCCUGAAGGAUAUCACGAAUGUUCCUUUGUAUCCUGUGAUGAAAACUAGAAAGCUUUCUCUUUCUCCAAAAAAGAAUGUAGAAAGCCCACCAGUGUCUUUACGUAAACGCAGGUGCGCAGCCGCCAUCGUGAACUAUAAGGAACCCACGCUUGCUUCGAAACUGAGAAGAGGGGACCCUUUUACAGAUUUGUGUUUCUUGAAUUCGCCUAUUUUCAAGCAGAAAAAAGAUUCCAGACACUGUUCUAAAAAAAAAACACGUGUGAAGCAAGUACAAUGAAGCCUGUGUUAGAUGCUAUUGUAAUUCAUCCUCCACCCGCUUCUGUGGCGCCAAGAGGGAAUCUGAAAAAUAGUAUUCAAAUGGUUAAACUAUUGGCCGUAGAAUAUUCUCUUGACAAGAUUGUAGAUCAUGAGCAUGUCUUCAAAACUAUACUUCAGAAGUGAUGUGUCUUCUUAAACCUUUGAUACAUUUGGUUUAUUUUUCUUCUAGCUAUAAAUAAUUGGACUGAAGCACUAUCAUAGUUUAGAUUUUUUUUUAUAUUGCCUAAAACUUAAUUGAUGUA